CGGAGGGGGAGACGAUCCCCGGCUCGCUGGCGGGACCGCCUCCCCCCGGUGGCCCCUGCUCAGCCCCACGCCUUUCCCUUCUCCUCGCUCGCCUUUCCGCCAGUCCGCGCGCCCGCGGGCCGCCUCCUGACAAGCGGCGGGGCUCCGCCGCCGACGCGGGGACGCGGAGGAGCCUGCUGGCGGCCGCCCCCCUUCCCCGCUUCCCUGCGCUCUCCGCUCGCUCGGCCGCGGCCUCUGACACGAGAAAGAGAUGCUGGAUGCAAGUUUUGGAGAUCCCUGUUUUUUAUGGAACACAGUUCUGUAAAAUUUUCCUAAGCUUCCUUGGCAAUAACAGACACUUGUGAUGGACCCUAGAAAUACUGCUAUGUUAGGAUUGGGUUCUGACUCUGAAGGAUUUUCAAGGAAGAGUCCCUCUGCCAUCGGUCCUGGCACAGUGGUCAGCAAGAGAGAAGGAGAGCUAGAGAACAACACAAAAGAGGAAGAGGACCUUCGCAAGUGGAAUCGGGAAAGAAACAGUGAAGCAGGGAAGGAGGAUGGUUUGACUGAUGCACAGCAACAGUUUUCAGUGAAAGAAACAAACUUUUCAGAGGGAAACUUAAAAUUGAAAAUUGGCCUUCAGGCUAAGAGAACUAAAAAACCUCCAAAGAACUUGGAGAACUAUGUAUGUCGACCUGCCAUAAAAACAACUAUCAAGCACCCAAGGAAAGCACUUAAAAGUGGGAAGAUGACAGAUGAGAAGAAUGAGCACUGUCCUUCAAAACGGGACCCUUCAAAGUUAUACAAGAAAACAGGUGAUGUUGCAGCCGUUGAAUGCCAAUCUGAAGAGAGCAUCCAUCUUCAUUCACAGGGAGAAAACAGUCCUUUGUCUAAGAAGCUUUCUCCAGUACACUCAGAAAUGACAGAUUACAUUAAUGCGGCAUCAUCUACUCUUGUUGGUAGCCGGGAUCCUGAUUUAAAGGACAGAGCAUUACUUAAUGGAGGAACGAGUGUAACAGAAAAGUUGGCACAGCUCAUUGCAACUUGUCCUCCCUCUAAGUCUUCCAAGACUAAACCGAAGAAGUUAGGAACUGGCACUACUGCAGGACUGGUUAGCAAGGAUUUGAUCAGGAAAGCAGGUGUUGGCUCUGUAGCUGGAAUAAUACAUAAGGACUUAAUAAAAAAACCAGCUAUCAGCACAGCAGUUGGAUUGGUAACUAAAGAUCCUGGGAAAAAGCCAGUGUUUAAUGCAACAGUAGGAUUGGUCAAUAAGGACUCUGUGAAAAAAUUAGGAGCUGGCACUACAGCGGUAUUCAUUAAUAAAGACUUAGGCAGAAAGCCAGGGACUGUCACUACAGUAGGACUGCUGAGCAAGGAUUCAGGAAAGAAGCUAGGAAUUGGUAUUGUUCCAGGUUUAGUGAAUAAGGAAUCUGGAAAGAAGUUAGGACUCGGCACUGUGGUCGGACUGGUUAAUAAAGACUUGGGCAAGAAGUUGGGUUCUACUGUCGGCCUGGUGGCCAAGGACUGUGCAAAGAAGAUUGUAGCCAAUUCAACAAUGGGAUUAGUUACUAAGGACAUGGGAAAGAAACUAGUGAGUUGUUCUAUGGCAGGACUGGUCAGUAAAGAUGCCAUAAACCUUAAAGCCGAAGCACUGCUCCCCACUCAGGAACCACUUAAGGCUUCUUGUAGUACAAACAUUAGUAGUCAUGAAAGUCAGGAACUUCCUGAAUCCCUGAAAGAUAGUACCACCAGCAAAACUUUUGAGAAGAAUGUUAUACGGCAGAGUAAAGAAAGCAUAUUGGAAAAGUUCUCAGUUCGAAAAGAAAUCAUUAAUUUGGAGAAAGAAAUGUUUAAUGAAGGAACAUGCAUUCAGCAAGACAGUUUCUCAUCCAGUGACAGGGGGCCUUAUGAAACCUCAAAGCAUGAAAAGCAACCUCCCGUGUAUUGCACUUCUCCGGACUUUCAAAUGGGAGCUGCUUCUGAUGCAUCUACAGCAAAAUCCCCUUUUAGUGCAGUAGGAGAAAGCAAUCUCCCUUCCCCAUCACCUACUGUAUCUGUUAAUCCUUUAACCAGAAGUCCCCCUGAAACUUCUUCACAAUUGGCCCCCAAUCCGUUACUUUUAAGUCCUACCACAGAAUUAAUGGAAGAAAUUUCUGAAUCUGUUGGCAAGAACCAGUUUCCUUCUGAAAGUACCCACUUGAACAUUGGUCAUAGGUCUGUGGGUCACAGCAUGAAUAUUGAAUGUAAAGGGAUCGAUAAAGAGCUAACUGAUUCAAAAACUACACAUAUAGAUAUUCCAAGAAUAAGCUCUUCCCUGGGAAAAAAGCCAAGUUUGAAUUCUGAAUCCAGUAUUCAUGCAAUUACCCCUUCAGUUGUUAACUUCACUAGUUUAUUUAGUAACAAGCCCUUUCUAAAACUUGGUGCAGUAACUGCAUCUGACAAACACUGCCAGGUUGCUGAAAGCCUCAGCUCUAGUUUGCAGUCCAAACCAUUAAAAAAAAGGAAAGGAAGAAAACCUCGGUGGACUAAAGUGGUGGCACGAAGCACAUGCCGGUCUCCAAAAGGGCUAGAAUUAGAAAGAUCAGAGCUUUUUAAAAAUGUUUCAUGUAGCUCACUAUCAAAUAGUAAUUCCGAGCCAGCCAAGUUUAUGAAAAACAUUGGACCAUCUUCAUUUGUAGAUCAUGACUUCCUUAAACGUCGAUUGCCAAAGUUGAGCAAGUCCACAACUCCAUCUCUUGCUCUCUUAACUGAUAGUGAAAAACCGUCUCACAAGGCUUUUGCUCCUCACAAACUAUCCUCCAGUAUGUGUGUCUCUAGUGACCUUUUGUCUGAUAUUUAUAAGCCCAAAAGAGGAAGACCUAAAGCUAAGGAGAUGCCUCAACUGGAAGGUCCACCUAAAAGGACUUUAAAAAUACCUGCCUCUAAAGUUUUUUCUUUGCAGUCUAAGGAAGAACAAGAACCCCCAAUUUUACAGCCAGAAAUUGAAAUUCCUUCCUUCAAACAAAGCCUUUCUGUGUCUCCCUUUCCGAAAAAACGAGGCAGACCUAAGAGGCAGAUGAGGUCACCGGUCAAGAUGAAGCCACCUGUACUAUCAGUGGCUCCGUUUGUUGCCACUGAGAGUCCAAGCAAGCUGGAGUCUGAAAGUGACAACCAUCGAAGCAGCAGUGAUUUCUUUGAGAGUGAGGAUCAGCUUCAGGACCCAGAUGAUCUGGACGACAGUCAUAGGCCAGCUGUCUGCAGCAUGAGUGACCUUGAGAUGGAACCAGAUAAAAAAAUUUCCAAGAGAAACAAUGGACAGUUAAUGAAAACAAUUAUCCGCAAAAUAAAUAAAAUGAAGACUUUAAAGAGGAAGAAACUGUUGAAUCAGAUUCUUUCAAGCUCUGUGGAAUCAAGUAAUAAAGGGAAAGUGCAAUCCAAACUCCAUAAUACAGUGUCAAGUCUUGCUGCCACAUUUGGCUCUAAAUUGGGCCAACAGAUAAAUGUCAGCAAGAAAGGAACCAUUUACAUAGGAAAGAGAAGGGGUCGAAAACCAAAAACUGUCUUAAAUGGCAUUCUUUCUGGUAGCCCUACCAGCCUAGCUGUCCUUGAGCAAACCGCUCAGCAGGCAGCUGGUUCAGCAUUAGGACAGAUACUUCCCCCUUUACUGCCUUCCUCUGCUAGUAGUUCUGAGAUUCUUCCAUCACCUAUUUGCUCUCAGUCUUCUGGGACUAGUGGAGGUCAGAGCCCUGUAAGUAGUGAUGCAGGCUUUGUUGAACCCAGUUCAGUGCCGUAUUUGCAUUUACACUCCAGACAGGGCAGCAUGAUUCAGACUCUUGCAAUGAAGAAGGCCUCAAAGGGGAGGAGGCGACUCUCUCCUCCUACUUUGUUGCCAAAUUCUCCUUCACACUUGAGUGAACUCACCUCUCUGAAAGAAGCUACUCCUUCUCCCAUUAGUGAAUCUCAUAGUGAUGAGACCAUUCCCAGCGAUAGUGGAAUUGGAACAGAUAAUAACAGCACAUCAGACAGAGCAGAGAAAUUUUGUGGGCAGAAAAAGAGGAGGCAUUCUUUUGAACAUGUUUCUCUGAUACCCCCUGAAACCUCUACAGUCCUGAGCAGUCUUAAAGAAAAACAUAAACAUAAAUGUAAGCGCAGGAAUCACGAUUACCUCAGCUAUGACAAGAUGAAAAGGCAGAAACGAAAACGGAAAAAGAAAUACCCCCAGCUCCGAAGCAGACAAGAUCCGGACUUCAUUGCAGAUCUGGAGGAAUUGAUAAGUCGUCUGAGUGAAAUUCGAAUCACCCAUCGAAGUCAUCAUUUUAUCCCCCGAGACUUGCUGCCAACUAUUUUUCGAAUCAACUUUAAUAGUUUCUAUACACAUCCUUCUUUCCCCUUAGACCCUUUGCACUACAUUCGAAAACCUGACUUAAAAAAGAAGAGAGGGAGACCUCCUAAGAUGAGGGAGGCAAUGGCUGAGAUGCCCUUCAUGCAUAGCCUUAGUUUUCCUCUUUCUAGUACUGGGUUCUAUCCCUCCUAUGGCAUGCCUUAUUCUCCCUCGCCCCUCACAGCCACUCCCCUAGGAUUAGGUUACUACGGAAGGUACCCUCCCACUCUCUACCCUCCUCCCCCUUCUCCUUCUUUCACCCCCCCACUUCCACCUCCUUCCUAUAUGCAUGCUGGGCAUUUACUUCUCAACCCCACCAAAUACCACAAGAAAAAGCAUAAGCUACUUCGGCAGGAGGCCUUUCUCACGACCAGCAGGACUCCCCUCCUGUCCAUGAGCACCUACCCUAGUGUCCCUCCUGAGAUGGCCUAUGGGUGGAUGGUCGAGCACAAACACAGGCACCGGCACAAGCACAGAGAACACCGCUCUGAGCAGCCCCAGGUUUCCAUGGACACCGGCUCUUCCAGGUCGGUUUUGGAGUCUUUGAAGCGCUAUCGAUUUGGAAAGGAGACUGUUGGGGAGCGAUAUAAACAUAAGGAAAAGCACCGAUGUCAUAUGUCCUGCCCUCAUCUCUCCCCUUCCAAAAGCUUAAUAAACAGAGAAGAACAGUGGGUCCACCGGGAGCCUUCAGAAUCUAGUCCACUGGCUUUGGGAUUGCAAACACCUUUACAGAUUGACUGUUCGGAGAGUUCUCCGGGUUCAUCCCUCGGAGGAUUCACUCCCACCUCUGAUCCGGCUAGCAGUGACGAGCACACAAACCUUUUCACAAGUGCAAAAGUGCAAGGCAGCUGCAGAGUUUCAAACCCUAACUCCAGUGGCCGGAAGAAACUAACUGACAGUCCUGGACUGUUCUCUGCACAGGACACUGCACUAACUCGGCCUCACAGGAAGGAGCCACUGCCUUCCAGCGAAAGGGCGGUACAGACCAUGACAGGUUCUCUGCCAACCUCAGAAAAGUCUUCCCAGCGACCAUCAGAGAGCACAACCUGUAGCCCUACCCGGAAGAGGUCGUCAUCUGAGAGUACUUCUUCAACAGUAAACGGAGUUCCCUCUCGAAGUCCAAGAUUGCUUGCUUCCGGGGAUGACUCUGUGGAUAGUCUGCUGCAGCGGAUGGUCCAACAUGAGGACCAGGAGCCCCUGGAGAAGAAUAUAGAUGCUGUGAUUGCAUCUGCCUCGGGGCCACCUCCCUCCAGUCCAGGCCGCAGCCACAGCAGGGAGCGAGCCCUGGGAAAACCGGACAGCCUUCUGGUGCCCUCAGCCCCCGGUGACUCUUGCGGUAGUAGCAUCUCACUCCUGUCUGAGAAGCUGCCGAGCAGCUGCUCGCCCCAUCAUAUCAAGAGAAGUGUUGUGGAAGCCAUGCAGCGCCAAGCUCGGAAAAUGUGCAAUUAUGACAAAAUCUUGGCCACUAAGAAAAACCUGGACCAUGUCAAUAAAAUAUUAAAAGCCAAAAAACUUCAGAGACAGGCCAGGACAGGGAAUAACUUUGUGAAACGCAGACCAGGGCGACCUCGGAAAUGCCCUCUCCAGGCUGUGGUGUCAAUGCAAGCAUUCCAGGCUGCCCGGUUUGUCAGCCCUGACUCGAAUGAAGGCGAAGAAAGAGCAGCCCUACCCCUCCGUCCCGACACAGUUACAGAUGUCAUUGAGGCUGUUGUACAGAGCGUAAACCUGAGUCCAGAACAUAAGAAGGGGCUGAAGAGGAAAAGUUGGCUGUUGGAAGAACAGACCAAGAAAAAGCAGAAGCCAUUCCCAGAGGAAGAGCAAGAGCAUACUAAGAGCUUUACUGAAGCAGCAGUUGAGAUUCCCAGUCCUCCUGAAACCCCAGCCAAGCCUCCCGAACCUGAAAAUACCUUGCAGCCUGUGCUUUCUCUCAUCCCAAGGGAAAAGAAGGCCCCACGUCCCCCAAAGAAGAAGUAUCAGAAAGCAGGGCUGUAUUCUGACGUUUACAAAACUACAGACCCAAAGAGCCGAUUGAUCCAAUUAAAGAAAGAGAAGCUGGAAUACACUCCAGGAGAGCAUGAGUAUGGACUGUUCCCAGCCCCCAUUCAUGUUGGAAAGUAUCUAAGGCAAAAGAGAAUCGACUUCCAGCUUCCCUAUGACAUCCUCUGGCAGUGGAAGCACAAUCAGCUAUACAAAAAGCCAGAUGUCCCACUAUAUAAAAAAAUCCGUUCAAAUGUCUACGUUGAUGUCAAGCCCCUUUCUGGUUACGAGGCCACCACCUGUAACUGUAAGAAGCCAGAGGAUGACACCGGGAAGGGCUGUGUGGACGACUGCCUCAAUAGAAUGAUCUUUGCUGAGUGUUCCCCCAACACUUGCCCCUGUGGUGAGCAGUGCUGUAACCAGAGGAUACAGAGGCAUGAGUGGGUACAGUGUCUAGAACGAUUUCGAGCUGAGGAAAAAGGUUGGGGAAUCAGAACCAAAGAACCCCUGAAAGCUGGGCAGUUCAUCAUUGAAUACCUAGGGGAGGUUGUCAGCGAACAAGAGUUCAGGAACAGGAUGAUUGAGCAGUAUCAUAAUCACAGUGACCACUAUUGCUUGAACCUGGAUAGUGGGAUGGUGAUUGACAGUUACCGGAUGGGGAAUGAGGCCCGAUUCAUCAACCACAGCUGUGACCCAAACUGUGAAAUGCAGAAAUGGUCUGUCAACGGAGUCUACCGGAUUGGACUGUAUGCUCUAAAAGACAUGCCAGCUGGUACUGAGCUCACUUACGAUUACAACUUCCAUUCCUUUAAUGUGGAAAAACAGCAACUGUGUAAGUGUGGCUUUGAGAAAUGUCGAGGAAUCAUCGGGGGCAAGAGUCAGCGCGUGAAUGGACUCACCAGCAGCAAAAGCAGCCAGCCUGUGGCUACACAUAAAAAGUCUGGACGGUCAAAAGAGAAGAGAAAGUCUAAGCACAAGCUGAAGAAAAGGAGAGGCCACCUCUCCGAAGAACCCAGUGAAAACAUCAACACUCCAACAAGAUUGACCCCCCAAAUACAAAUGAAGCCGAUGUCUAAUCGAGAGAGGAACUUUGUGUUAAAGCAUCACGUGUUCUUGGUCCGAAACUGGGAGAAGAUUCGGCAGAAACAAGAGGAAGUAAAGCACACCAGCGAUAAUCUCCACUCAGCAUCAUUAUACACCCGCUGGAAUGGCAUCUGCCGAGAUGACGGGAACAUCAAGUCUGACGUCUUCAUGACCCAGUUCUCCGCCCUGCAGACAGCACGGUCAGUCCGAACAAGACGGCUGGCAGCAGCAGAGGAAAACAUUGAGGUGGCACGGGCAGCCCGCCUCGCCCAAAUCUUCAAAGAGAUCUGUGAUGGCAUCAUCUCCUACAAAGAUUCUUCCCGUCAAGCUCUGGCAGCACCCCUACUGAACCUCCCCCCAAAGAAAAAGAAUGCUGAUUACUACGAGAAGAUCUCCGAGCCCCUGGACCUGGCCACCAUAGAGAGGCAGAUCCUCACCGGCCAUUACAAGACCGUGGAGGCCUUUGAUGCUGACAUGCUCAAGGUGUUUCGGAAUGCUGAGAAGUACUAUGGGCGUAAAUCCCCAAUUGGGAGAGAUGUUUGCCGCUUACGGAAGACCUACUACAAUGCCAGGCACGAGGCAUCAGCCCAGAUUGAUGAGAUUGUGGGAGAGACAGCAAGUGAGGCCGACAGCAGCGAGACGUCAGUCUCCGAGAAGGAGAACGUGCACGAAAAGGACGACGAUGUGAUCCGCUGUGUCUGUGGCCUGCACAAGGAUGAAGGCCUCAUGAUCCAGUGCGACAAGUGCAUGGUGUGGCAGCACUGUGACUGCAUGGGCGUGAACUCAGAUGUGGAACACUACCUUUGUGAGCAGUGUGACCCAAGGCCUGUGGACAGAGAGGUACCCAUGAUUCCUCGGCCCCACUAUGCCCAGCCUGGCUGUGUCUACUUCAUCUGUUUGCUCCGAGAUGACUUAUUGCUUCGUCAAGGUGACUGCGUGUACCUGAUGCGGGAUAGCCGGCGCACACCUGACGGCCACCCAGUCCGCCAAUCCUACCGACUAUUGUCGCACAUUAACCGAGACAAACUGGACAUCUUCCGCAUUGAGAAGUUAUGGAAGAAUGAAAAAGAGGAACGGUUUGCCUUUGGUCACCACUACUUCCGCCCACACGAGACCCACCACUCUCCGUCCCGCCGCUUCUAUCACAACGAGCUGUUUCGGGUGCCACUCUACGAGAUCAUUCCCUUGGAGGCUGUGGUGGGGACCUGCUGUGUCCUGGACCUUUAUACAUAUUGUAAAGGGAGACCCAAAGGGGUGAAGGAGCAAGAUGUGUACAUCUGUGACUAUCGGCUUGACAAGUCCGCACACUUGUUCUACAAGAUCCACCGGAACCGCUAUCCUGUCUGCACCAAACCCUACGCCUUUGACCACUUCCCCAAGAAGCUCACUCCCAAAAGAGAUUUCUCACCUCAUUACGUCCCAGACAACUACAAGAGGAACGGAGGGCGGUCAUCCUGGAAGUCCGAGCGCCCAAAGCCACCCUUAAAAGACCUGGGCCAGGAGGAUGACGCUCUGCCCUUGAUUGAAGAGGUUCUGGCCAGCCAGGAGCAAGCCGCCAAUGAGGUGCCCAGCCUGGAGGAAUCAGAACGGGAGGGGGCCCUUGCUGAAGUCAGCGAGGGUGAAAAGAAACCAGAAGAGAUUAGUCAGGAAUCUCAGCCUGCCUGUACCCCUGAGGAGCGACGGCACAACCAGCGGGAACGACUCAACCAGAUCUUACUCAAUCUCCUUGAAAAAAUCCCUGGGAAAAAUGCCAUCGAUGUGACCUACUUGCUGGAGGAAGGGUCAGGCAGGAAGCUGCGAAGGCGUACUUUGUUCAUCCCAGAAAACAGCUUUCGGAAGUGACCCUCAAAGGAGAAGCUCGAGCAUCUGCGAUCAGUGGAGCUAACAGUCCUGCCUCUUGUCCCUCUGAGUGUAGACAGGGGUGGGAAGGGUCCGUCCGGCAAGGGGAAGGGGCCAUGUCGUUGACAUUAGGUACUUCAUAAACCUUGGAGCUAGUGGAGAGGAAGGGAGUCUGUCUAAACAGUUCAGUUUAAUUUGUUUUCCUCUCCACCGCUUCCCCCCGAGGGUUCGUGAUGGGAGGAGGACGGAGCGCACAGGGGGUGCCCGGAGCCUUGUGGUACUUUACAGCACUCGCCCGUGCCCCCAGCUCGAGUCUUUCUGGGCCAUCCUCUGGUCCCACAGACACUGCUGCCAGGCUGCUUCCUCUACCCAGGUGUCACUCCCAGUCCCUCAGGAGGGCGUCCCCACCCCACCCCACCCCUUCUCUGUGGGCUCCAAGAGCUGGCCCGGAGACCUCAAACAAACAGUAGCUGGGGCCUCUUUCCAGAUAGAUCCUUGACCGGGAAGGUUUCUCCCUCCUUUCUUGCCCAAUCAGGUCAAAGUAAAACGUGAACUGACAAGUCCAAGCCCUUGUGUCUGCUGCCCUUUUCCCUACCUCUCCUCCCCGGACUGUCAUCCUGGAAUAGGGAAGGCCCCCAUGGGGUCAGAGGGCACAGGGUGUACUGUCGUCAUUUUCGUUUGACCCUUCAUAACCUGCCAAACCUGUUUGUUUCUAACGAGAAGGCCGGGCCCCUGCCCGCAUGCGUGUCGCCCCACGCUGUCGCUCGUGUGUCUGCUGUGUCGCACGAACACAGACGCCCUCGAGCCGACGCAGCACCCCCGGGGAAGCGGACUCUCCCCCCCACGAGUCACUACAGGCUGUUGAGCAGUGUUCGCCGGCCGGAGUAUUGGUCGUGAGUGUGCGCCAUCAAGUAAAACACUACUCUCGUUUUCCUCGUUACACGGUUUUCAGUGUCCACCUCCUGGAGACAGUGCUCGCCCCGCCCACCCCCUCUCCUCCAGCCUCCUGGUGACAGCGGCGGCGGGGGGGGGGGCGUCAGGGUGUCUCUUUCCUUCCCAUUCUUUGGGCCAGAAGCUACCAGACGAUACUGUCUCUUUAAAAAUAAAAUUUAAAAAGCUUUGCUUUGUUGUCUUCUCAGACAUACAUAUGCAUAUACGUUUUAGAUGUUCUUAUAAGAGAAAAGAUGGUUUUUAAAUGUGCCAAGUUGUGUGUGUGUAUAUAUAUAUGUAUGUAUGUAUGUAUGUAUGUAUAUAUAUCUGCUGCGUGACUAGGAAGCAAUACAGCAGUAAACACGUCCCGUCACUUUUCUCUAACCCCGGACCAACGCUGUCCCCACUGUACAUUUCCCCUGAUGAUGACGACGCUCUGACUUGUUUAGGUAGAAACAUUGACACCUUCCAUUCCAUUGAAUCUUUUUUUCUUUUUCUCCUUUCUGUGUCAAUCUUGAGGGAAAAAAAAACAAAAACAAAAGAGACAGGGGAUGCCAAAGAUCCCCUUGAGCAGAGAAAAAGCAGAAUAAAUAUUUUAUUAAAGAAAAGAGAAUUAAGAAAAUAGUUUGGAGUAUUUUCUUACUGUAGAGAAGCACUGUACAUUACGACGAGACCUGGGUAUAAGAUACUCACGUGUGGAGCUGGGAACGUCGCAUGUCCACGCCCAUUUAAGUGGUUUCUUUUGGUUUUCAUUGCAGGGAGCUGGGUGGGAGGGAGGUGGGAAAUAGGGGCACUUUGGGGGUCUCCUUUUAGUCAAAAAACAGGAAAACGACAAGAAAGAGAUUAAAAUUCAAUAUUUCCUUGAAUAGUGUUAAACACUAAAAUUUUAAAAAAGACAAAAAAAGAAAAACGAAAAAAACUUUGUAAAAUAUGAGAACAGAAGCAAAAGACACUACGCUCUGUCAUUUUAUCUUUCUUUUGUUGAAAGACUAAAAAAUGUUUUUUAGACAAUCAAAUGUUAGGUAAGUGCAAAAACUUGUUUUUUCUUACUGGUGUAGAAAUUAAUGCCUUUUUUUAUUUUUCGGUUAUUUUAUAAUAAUGAAAUAAAAAGAACCCCCUAGCUGCCAGGCGGGUUUUGGUGUUUGAAAUGCGGGGCAAAGCACUACAUCACUGCAAAUAGAUACAGAGUUAGUCUGCAUGUCUGUAGGCUGUGUGAUUGCGGAAAAUAUAAAUGCUGCUAAUAUAUUUCCUUUUUACAAAAGCAUAUCUAAAUAGAUGAUUGUUUUGAUGUUAAUCUUUGUAAAUUAUGUAUUACCAAUUUUAACAUUGGAUGUAAUUGCAUAAAAAGCUUGCAUCUCAAUCCUUGAAAGUCUAGUAUUAAAUGGAAAAAACUUUUCCUAACAA